AUGACUUACGAGGAGAAUCGGUACUGGAAAAAUGUGCUGACGAUCGUGCCCAUCGUCGGCGCCGCGCUGGCCACCAUCUCGUAUCUGCUGCGUCUGUACUCCCGUCGCUUUACGACCGCCGGUCUGAAGCUGGAGGACUGGUUGAUGGGCGUUGGGUUGAUUCUUUCCUACUGCGCCACCGCCUUUGUUGUGGACACUGCAUUCAAUGGCGUCGGUCUGCCAGUCAGCAGUCUCCCCGCAGAUGAACGGCGGCGUAUCCAAUUCGGUUCGUGGAUGAUCCAGAAGUUUUGGGCGCCGUCCGCAGCAUUUGUGAAGAUUUCCAUCGUGGUAUUUUUGAAGCGCCUACUCGGAACCGUCCGCGCGUACACCGUUGUGUCAAAUGUCCUUAUUGGGUUCAUUACCUGUUGGGCCAUCACGGCUCUGCUGGUCAACAUCUUCCAGUGCAAACCGGUUCAGUACUAUUACGACAAGUCCCUUCAUGGACAUUGCAUGAGUGGGCAGCGAUCAUUCUUUCAGGCGAUGGGAUCUAUCGCCUUGGUAGAGGACGUCAUCAUUUUGUGCCUGCCUACACCGAUUGUGUGGGGCUUGCAGAUUACCUUUCGACAAAAGUGUGCGGUGACAGUCGUCUUCUCCCUCGGUGGCCUGGUCUGUAUCUUCAGUUUGAUGCGUCUGAUUGAAUUCCGCAAUUUUAUUACGACUGAUUUAGCUUCUUCGAGUGCUAAAGAAUCCGUCUGGACGUGUCUCGAGCUCGAUGUCGCCAUAAUUUGCGGUUGUCUGCCGCUAAUGAAACCUCUGAUCCAGGGCUUCCUGGGCAAGGUCCGAAGCGGGGUGUCCAAGGCCCGCUCUCAUCCAUCGUCCGGCACGAAGCUCUACUAUCCCUCCAGCGCCACCCACAACAAUGAUGGUUUCCGACAGAUCGAUGACAUGUUGGGCUCGCAAGCCUCGAAGAAUCCCCAUGUGAUGGCCAGUUCCAGUCGAAUGAGCUCGGAUGUCGAAUUACAAGGCAUUGCGGUGCACACGCGGAUUGAGCAGGAUGUUGACCGCCCGCACACGGUUGACUCGGACGAGACCACCCACGCACAUGCGUGGCCUUGA